GGGAUGAACGAAAAAAUAACAGAGAGUUUACUUGGACUAUUUUUAAAAGAAAAGGCUAACUAUACUUUUAUAGAUGGGAGUCUAACCUACCAAGCUGUCCGUGGUGAUGUUGCCUUAAUAACAACAGAACAAGAUAUAGCUGUGGAUUCGGUUUUAAGUAAGGAGCAAACGUUGAGUGGAAAUACAGUUGAUGUUUAAAGAUACAUUGAGUGUAUUGCACGGGCAGAAGGGGACUUAGUUAAUAGAAGGUUUCGAAUACCUGAACCCAUUACGAUAUCUGUAAGUCAGUUGAAAAAAAAGAUUUAUCCAAAGCUCACAGAUGGCUAAAACAGGUCUUGCAGCGUGUCAUGCAACGAUUACCUGGUCUGAGGAUACACCAUCGGUACAACUAGCAUGUUCUUUAACGACUGACGUCAAAGAUUGCAUUGCAUUAGCAUCCAACUGGACAGAUAAAGCAGAACACACUUUCAAAGAUUUUAUGGACAAGAUAUAUGAACAAAACAUGCCCGUUAUGGAAGAGUUGUGGGAAAAAAUAACUGCAAAACUUUCUGAUGUUUCACUAGAUCAGCCGGGUGUGCUGCAGUCUAUAAUUCCAAAAAUGAACGGAAAAUAUCAGUUGUUGGCAUAAAAAAACGUUGCUGAUCCACUCAUUAGUGAGAUUGAAGCCAUUUUAAAAUCCACUUCAGAUAAGCUCGCAAAAGAAAAGCAGUUUACUAGGCAAACCGUAACAACAUUACGUCCAUUAGAAACAAGAAUGCUUCUUGCUGAUUCCUGAAGUUUCCGACAAAAAUGGAAGAAACUUUUCCUGACUUUAAAGUAAAAAUAAAUCAAGGAAAGAACGAAAUUAUUAUCGAAGGUAUAUAUCAUGAUGUAAAUGCAGUGCUUUUAAAAAUGUAUCAACUAAAAGACAACUUUUGCUCGCAAGAAUUUCAGUUCCAGAAACAAGUUCUUUUACUGUACGACAUAAGCAACAAAACAGUGAAGGAGUACAUCGUGAAAAAAAUGAAAAACAGUCGUAUAACUGCAGUAUGGGAAAACACGGGAGGCAAACUAAUUGUGAUGUCUUCAAAUCAGCAAACACUAGAUACAGCUGCCAAAGUUGUUCGAGAAUCCGUGUUGAGUAAAACUAUUCCAUUAUCCGAAGCAACUAUGUCUGUAUUACAGACUGACAAUUGGGAGGACAAACACAGAGAGUUGAAUGAAAAAUAUAGGGGAAAGCUUCUUUUCGACACAACCGAUUUAGGCAAACUUGUUUUUGAGACUACAGAUGAUAUUGCGAAUGAAGUUGAAAAGGCUCUAGAAUCAUUUCUAACGGCCCAUUCUAUCUUGAAGGAUACUAUUAAAGUCCCACACAAUGUGUAUAAGUUGAUGAUACGCCAUCAUGUGAGUAAUAUUCAACAGAUUGCAAAAUCUUUUCAUUCAGAAAAAGUCCGAAUAUUUUUAAAAGAUGAUGGCCAUGCGUUUGAAAUAUCUGGUACAAAAGAUGUAAUGGAGCAAGUGAAGACUCAAGUUGAAACACUUUUGAGAAAAGUUAACAAGAAGCAGCAUCAAAUCAGAAAACCGGGUCUCGGAGAGUACAUGCAAACUGAAAAAGGAAGAAAAAUGAUAAGAUCUGUUGAAUCGGCGUUUCCAUGUGUUAUAUCCAAGAAUGACAACAGUGAUGACUAUGAUGACAUGGGAAGUGACACAAUUUGUGUAAUUGCAAGCUGCACUGGUUAUGAAAAUCGAAGAUUGUUCGCUGCAGUUGGUGAUAUGACAGAAUUAAACGUCGAGGUUAUUGUUAACCCUUCUGAUGACAAAAUAGGUUUUUUUGGAGGACUAGGAAAAGUGUUAAGAAUGAAAGGAGGACUAGCGCUUGAACGCUAUUGCAAAGAUUACAUAAAAAACAACGGCCCACUGAGUGAUGGAGAGGUUUUUGUAUCUCCGGCACUAAACAUGAAAGCAAAGCAAUUUUUUCAUGUGGUGGGUCCGGCUUGGGAAGACGGUACUGACCAAGAGGAUGAAAAGCUAACAGAGGUGGUGUUCAAAGCAUUGAAACAGGCAUCUAUGAAAGACCUGAACUCACUUGCCAUGCCUGCUAUAAGUUGUGGUGUUUAUGGAUUUCCUGUUAAAAAAGCGACAUGCAUUAUUGUAGCGGCCGUUAAGAACUUUUUCCGGGAGGAACAAGAUAGCUCUUUGACAGAUAUCUACCUAUGUGAUUUGAAGGAUGGCACAGUUGAUGCUUUUACUGAAGCCCUACAGAAGGAAUGGGGUGCUCAAAACGUGAACAAACAUGAAAGCCAAACACCACGUUGGAAACCUGGGGCCAAACUCCCGGGAGCAACAUAUGCUGAUCGUUUGGGAAAAUUAAAGUAACAAUAAAGUUAGGCGACAUCACUGUUGAUGAUGCUGAUUGCAUUGUUAACAGUUCAAAUGAGGAUUUGGAUUUCAAAAAAGGAAAGAUUUCGCAGGCUUUGAUGAAGAAUUGUGGAAAGUCACUCUUGGUUGAAGCAAUAUGUUUUACAGAGGCUAACAUGAAGAAGUAUGAGGUAGUGAUAACAAAUGCUCCAAAUUUGAAGUGCAAUCAUAUUAUGCAUGUGGUGGCCAAAGAGUCGCCGCAGGAUUGGACGCAGAUUAUCGUAAAGUGCUUACAUCUUGCCAAAAACGCGGGCUUGCACAGCUUGGCGUUUCCUGCCUUAGGAACCGCCAUCUGUCCGUCACACCUUGUGCAGGCUAUUUCUCAGCAUCCACUUGUUGGAAAUCAACUAAAUUUCAUAGAAAUUUCUACGAGAACAAGGAAAUGCUACGUCGUCUUCUCUUAAAGUGUAUAAGUGCUGGCGUCGAAGCGGCAACUGCACACGUAAUAGUUCAAGCGAUUAAAGAAUUUGCAGCGGAUGGAUGCGGCCGCUUGACAGACGUUAGAUUUGUGGUUUUCCAAAAAGAGUUGAUUGACAGUUUUCAUAGUGCAGUUGGCGAAGCGCAAUACUUUCAAGGAGUUGCCGAAGGAUUGCCGUUCAGUCGUAGGUUUAGGAAGUUUAAAGCGGAUGCGGACGCUGCACUUUUCACGUUGUGGGCCCUUGAACUAAAAACUAUUGAUUCAGCAAUUGAAAAUUUAGAUAUUUGCAUUGAACGUGAAGUGUCUACGAAAGUCUUUAGAGACAGUGUUAUUUCCCGGAUGAAUGAUAAACAGCUGAAGGCAAUCAAACAGAAGGCAGACGAAAACAAUGUCGAAUACACACUAAGUGGUGGAACUAUCAAGAUUGUUGGUCUUAUUCAAAAUAUGAUCAAUGUCACAGAUGAUAUAUACUCAUCUUUACGUGAUGCUGCAAAAAUAGAGCAAGAUCAUAAUGCCGCUAUGAUACUUAAAGACAUCAUCCAGUGGUAUUGGAUAGAACAGACCGAAAUGGAAGAUGAACUGAAACCCUAUGAAAUGAUGCUGAACUAUCAGAUAGAGCAGGCUUUCAAGGCACAAGAGGACAAGUUCACUUACACUGACAAUGGAGAAAUGGUGAUCGUUGACUUUAAGAAUUGUUCCGAGUAUUGUCAGUCCAAGCCUGAUGAAAAAGAUAUUAUUCUUCGAAAAGAUCUAAUCAAAGAAUUCAGCGAAGAGGUCCCUGCCAACUGGAUACCCAUGAAGGGGAAUUUACUGGUGUAUAAGUUGGCCCCUGCUGACAAGGAGUACACUGAUUUAUCCGGGACAUUCAACGCGUCCAGUGGUGGAGGCUACACUAUUCACUCGAUCGAGAAAGUUCAAAAUAAAUCAGUAUGGCUACAAUAUGAGGCGAAAAAGAAACAGCUCGAGGGCCAGAAUCCUGCUGGAACGAAAAAAGAGCAAUUCCUGUGGCACGGCACAUCUGAAGACAUCGUGGACAGUGUCAAUGCACAUGGUUUUAACAAGGGAAAGAACUGUGGAAAGAACGCUACGGCCUUUGGGGAUGGCGUUUAUUUUGCUGUAAAUGCAAAAUUUUCUUGUCAAGAUGCGUAUUCAAGACCGAAUACCCAAGGACUAAAGAGAGUGUAUUACUGCGCUGUUUUGACCGGUGAAUUCAUUUUGGGAAAAUCUGGAAUGCGCGUCCAGCCACCGAAACCUAACGCAGGAAAGAAUGCCUUGUAUGAUUCCGUCGUAAAUAAUGUUGCUGGUCCCGAUGUGUAUAUAAUAUUUAACGAAACACAGGCCUACCCUCUUUACAUAAUAACGUUUAAGAAACAGUAGUUAGUCUAUGGCGGAAAUAUUUUUUUCUGCUGGAGCACAUGCUUUCUAGAGACAUAUAUCUGAAGAGGAUUUCAAUCUUGGAGGUUUUCAACGACAAAAAAACACAAUUCUUUGAAGAAGUCGUAGUGUCCAUCUCCUCGGACUAUACUCUAAGAUACUUUUUAUGCUGCUGUAUUUCCGUAUAAACUGCAUUUGCUUUAUCAUAGAGCUCUGCAAUGCAUAACCGUUUAAAUGUUAAACUUCAUCAGACCGUGGUGUGUUUGAACAGGUGCCCGAAUAUCUUCGAGCUUUCUCCAACACAUAGAUUUGCUAUUUGUGAUACUCUGCUGCAGAACACAGAAUUGUGUUUGCGAUAUUCUAACGUUUUUGUUUUACUUCUGCCUUUAUGUCCUGUGUACUUUGGGCAUAACAAAUGCGUGCACAUGUGUUAAUUUCAUUGAUUUCCCUGAUAUCUAGUGGUGUGUAGGCAUUCACUUAAGUCCAUGCCAGCAACAUCUAUGUUUAUUUUAUUUUGAUUGUUGUAUAUAACGUUUAUGAACAGUUUCUUCUAUAAGCUUAUGAUUUAUUAUUUAUUGUUUUUAAGUAUCCUUUUGUUUAAGUCAUAAGAUUAAAUAUAUUAACAUUUUUAACUAGAAAUUCCCUUGUGUAACUUUUUCUUGUAUGAUUUGUCUACAAUUAACUCAUUUAAUAAAAAUAUAUUAUACUAUUGUGACUUUGUUAUAAUGUGCAUAUACAUGUAUGCUCAUCGUAUUAUUACUCAUAUUUGUAAUCGUUGUAGAAUGAUCUUGUAUUAAUUAUGUUAACGCCAAGUAAAGCAUAGUAACAGGUAAUUUGUUAUAAAGCAAUAUUACCUAUUGGGAUUUCCCUCGUUAUGUAUUGCCUCUAUACAAGAAUAUGUUACUAUGUCUUUAUUUAGUUAAUGAAGUCCCAUACCAUGCAUAUGUUUGCCUAGAUGCUCUAGUUACCAUACACUUUUCAUCAAAAAUAAGUACAUACGAAUUGGGGUUUCUUUUUUUGCAAACGGCCACACACGAUAUUAUCGUAAAAUCGGUUAACCAGCUAGAAUAUUUCGAUUUAAUGAAAUGAAGUCAAUUUUUUUCAGGCAAAAUUUAUACAAAUGUGCUAAAACGUGUUUUAUAAGUGACUGCCUUUGUGACAGUGUAUUAUCUUUUUUAUGUUAACAACAUUUUGAAUAAGCUGUUACGAUUAUUGUUAUACAUUUUGAUAUGAUCAGCUUUUUCUAAAGCGGUAAAACAAUGGUUAUUAUAUGUGUGCUAUCAUUGUGUGUGUAUCAGUCUUGAACCGCGUACUUUAUCAUUACAAUUGUACUUUAUACAUGUACUUAUUUUACUGGAAAGAGUGUGCGAAAUUGCAAUUGCAAUUUUGGGAGUAACGUUGACGUCAUGAAUGAUUAAACCCUUUACAAGCAUCUCGCGAUUUGUUUCCGGUAUAUAAUGACGUUACUAAAAUGUCAUCAAAAUAUUAUGAAUUCCUAAAGAUUUUCCACUCAUUUCCUUUUUAAGUUUUGUUGAGUUCAAUCAUAUUAAAUUCUUUGACUGUUUUUUAGGACCAAAUCAUUGCUGUUGAAUAUUUUUUUAAGAAAAUCCAUAUUUAGUAUCUAAGCAUACCAUUUAUCCUGUCAUCAGUAUUAUCAUGGUGUAUUAGAUUCGGAUGUAUUUGUAUUGGUAUGGUGUAUUAGAUAAGUAAACUGUUGUCUAUAAGAUCCGUAAUGUUGAGUGUAUAAGCUCAAUGCAAUGUGGUGUAUAAGAUCCGUAAUAUUGGGUGUACAAGCUCAAUGCAAUGUGGUGUAUUAGAUCCGUAAUAUUUGGUGUAUAAGUUCAAUGUAAUGUGGUGUAUUAAAUCCGUAAUAUUGGGUUAUAAGCUUAAUGCAAUGUGGUGUAUUAGAUCCGUAAUAUUGGGUGUAUAAGCUUAAUGCAAUGUGGUGUAUUAGAUCCAUAAUAUUGGGUGUAUAAGCUCAAUGCAAUUUGGUGUAUUAGAUCCAUACUAUUGGGUGUAUAAGCUCAAUUCAAUUUGGUGUAUUAGAUCCGUAAUUUUGGGUGUAUAAGCUCAAUGCAAUGUGGUGUAUUAGAUCCGUAAUUUUGGGUGUAUAAGCUUAAUGCAAUGUGGUGUAUUAGAUCCAUAAUAUUUUGUGUAUAAGCUCAAUGCAAUUUGGUGUAUUAGAUCCGUAAUAUUGGGUGUAUAAGCUCAAUGCAAUGUAGUGUAUUAGAUCCAUAAUAUUGGGUGUAUGACCUCUAGCAAUUUGGUGUAUUAGAUUCGGAUACAGGAAAUGUGUUGUGUUAGCUCGGAAUUUUUGGAUAAGUUAGUUCCAUGAAAAUUGAUGAACUAAUUCGUAGAAAGCGGUGUAUUAGAUCGGUGAUAUGUUGUAUUUUGAUUCGGGGAUGUUCAUUUGUGCUGUAUGAAGUUUGUGAUAUGUGGAGUAUAAGUUUAAAGCUAUUUAAUGUAUGAGAUACAUGAUUUGUUAUAUUAUUUCAAUGUUGUGAGGUGCAUUCCAAACACACGAUCAAUCGAAUGUGCUGUAUUAGAUCAUUGUUAUGUGUUGUUUUAAAUCCAUGAUUACGACACCAACAUUUAAAGACAACACAUUAUAACCAUUGAUUACAGAUGCAUGAUUAAACCAUGAAAUACU